AUGCCUGUCUGCCUUGGGCUGGCCUGUAGCGUGUGGGUUCCUCACUUUGUGCAGGAAAGAUUUUACCACACGAGUCCCGGUGAUUUUGCGAAGAACAUCUCACUCUUCCAGGAGAUAGUGGAGGACCCAGCAUUCAUCCUCGGAGGGGCCACCAGGACAGACAUCUGCCAGGGGGAGCUCGGCGACUGCUGGCUGCUGGCGGCCAUCGCCUCCCUCACGCUCAACGAGAAAGCGCUGGCGAGGGUGGUGCCGCAGGACCAGAGCUUCGGGCCCGGUUACGCCGGGAUAUUCCACUUCCAGUUCUGGCAGCACAGCGAGUGGCUGGACGUGGUGGUCGAUGACCGGCUGCCCACCUUCAGGGACCGGCUGAUCUUCCUGCACUCGGCCGACCACAACGAGUUCUGGAGCGCCCUGCUGGAGAAGGCCUACGCCAAGCUGAACGGGAGCUACGAGGCGCUGAAGGGGGGCAGCGCCAUCGAGGCCAUGGAGGACUUCACGGGGGGCGUGGCCGAGACCUUCGCCACCCAGGAGGCGCCCGAGAACUUCUACGAGGUCCUGGAGAAGGCGCUGCAGCGCGGCUCCCUGGUGGGCUGCUCCGUCGACAUAAAAAAUUCUGCGGAAUCGGAAGCCCGGACACCCUUUGGCCUUAUUAAGGGUCACGCCUACACCGUGACGGGAAUUGACCAGGUCCACUUCCGAGGCCGGAAAACGGAGCUCAUCAGGGUCCGCAACCCGUGGGGGCAGGUGGAGUGGAACGGCGCCUGGAGCGACAGCUCCCCCGAGUGGCGCGCCGUGGGCCCCACCGAGCAGCAGCGCCUGAGCCACGCGGCCCUGGACGACGGGGAGUUCUGGAUGGCCUUUAGCGACUUUCAGGCCCACUUCGACAAGGUCGAGAUCUGCAACCUCACGCCGGACGCCCUGGAGGAGGACGCGCCUCACAAGUGGGAGGUGACGGUGCACCAGGGCAGCUGGGUGCGCGGCUCCACGGCCGGCGGCUGCCGCAACUUCCUGGACACCUUCUGGACCAACCCGCAGAUCAGACUGUCCCUGACGGAGAAGGACGACGGGCAGGAGGCGUGCACGCUGCUCGUGGCCCUGAUGCAGAAGGAUCGCAGGAAACUCAAGCGGUUCGGCGCCAACGUGCUGACCAUCGGCUACGCCAUCUACCAGUGCCCCGGGAAGGAGGACCACCUGGACAAGGACUUCUUCCGCUACCACGCCUCCCAGGCCAGGAGCAAGAGCUUCAUCAACCUGCGGGAAGUCUCCGACCGGUUCAAGCUGCCCCCCGGGGACUACAUCCUCAUCCCCAGCACCUUCGAGCCGCACCAGGAGGCCGAUUUCUGCCUGAGGAUCUUUUCAGACAAGAAAACCAUCAGCCGGGACCUGGAUGGACACGUGGACAUCAACCUUCCGGAGCCCCCGAAGCCGACGCCGAGGGACCAGGAGACGGAGGAGGAGCAGCAGUUCAGGGCCCUGUUUGAACGCGUCGCCGGGGAGGACAUGGAGGUGACCGCAGAGGAGCUGGAGUUUGUGUUAAAUGCUGUGCUGAGCAAGAAAAAGGGCAUUCGAUUCGAGAAGCUGAGCCUGAUUUCCUGUAAGAACAUCAUUUCUCUAAUGGACACCAGUGGCAACGGGAAGCUGGAGUUCGAUGAGUUCAAAGUGUUCUGGGAGAAGCUGAAGACGUGGACGAACCUUUUCCUUCGGUUCGAUGCUGACAAGUCCGGCACCAUGUCCUCCUACGAGCUGCGGACCGCGCUGAGAGCCGCAGGCGUGUUCCAGGCUCUCAGCACGAAGAACAAGGAGUUCAUUCAUCUCAACAUAAACGAGGUUCCGGCCACCUUUUCCGCCCUGAACACAUUCUUCUCCGCCCGGCAAGCCUUCCCGCCGCACAGCCUGGCGGUGCCGAAGGCUUUCCGCUGGGGCCUGGACAUUUUCACAGGAGGGGCUGGCAGCAGCGAACGCUUGGCGUGCGGGUCCUGUGUCCAAGCAGCGGGCUAG